UCAAAAUAUAACAGAAAACAUAGCCUACAGUUUAUUCUAUCUAGUUCUGCGGGAGUAUUUAUCUAUGGGUUACGAAUCCAAAAGCUAAAAACAAAACUGUAUCGGAAGGAGAAACAUCAGGUUAUAAGUUGUGAAGUUGAGUAGCAAAGAAAUGGAGAGGAACCAAAGAAAACGAAAGAAGGAAACUGCGAAAGAAUUGUCAAUUGCCAAGGAAAAUGAGUUAGAGUGGAAACCAGAGCAUUGCGCACACCUGAAAGGCAAAGUGAUUAAGAUUACUAAUGAGCAAAGAAAUGAGAAAUGUCAUUACGAGAGAUUUAAGUUUCGUGGCGGAAAAUAUGGACUGGAGGAUUCAGUGCUAUUAUUUCCAGAGGACGCAUCAAAAAACCCAUAUGUUGCGAUCAUAAAGGAUAUUUAUGUACAAGGUAAGGAAGGAUACGUGAAACUAGAAGUCCAAUGGUUUUAUCAUCCAGAAGAUGUGGAUAAAAAAUAUAUUAGAAAUUGGAAAUCUAAAGACUCAAGAGACAUCUUCUACAGUUUCCAUCGCGAUGAAGUGUCUGCUGAAUCUGUGAAGGAUGAUUGCUCUGUGUAUUUUGUGCCAGAGAAUAAGCAAGUCCCAAACCAUGGCUUUAUUGUGCAAAGGGUUUAUAAUACUGAAAAUAAGAAGAUGAGGAAGUUCACUCAUCAUGAUUUUAACGAGCAGCAAAAACAAGAGCUUGAUCUUCUUUUAGAAAAGACGAUUUCAAGAGUUGGUGAUCUUCUUGACAUUCUGAUGAAGAAACAUACUUUUAUACCAAGGCAUAUGGAAUUAGUUCCGGAA